AUGUUGGGCGCAAAUAUGAUUCGUAUGGCUAUAUCCGUCGUUUUCUCCGGCUCCUAUUCCGCUUCGCCCUUAGUUGAGGCGUGUCCUUCGCUUUCUAUCUUGUCCUUCCCUCCGAUUUUGUUUUGUCGGCCGCGAAGCUUAUUUGUGCUCAAAGUCCACGAUGUAACAAAGCUCCCUCCAUCGCUUCGGCACAAUCCAGGGGUUGCGCAACGUGGCGGGGAGGCCUCAGGUUCUUCCGUUGCAAUUUUCCACUCCUGCGUCAAUUCAGAUUUUGUUUUCUCAAUAUUUCACAUUUCUUACCUCGGCUGCGAUUAUUAA